AUGGCUUCUCCUGCAAUAGACCUUCUGAUUGGCAAAAUAGUAUCGUUUCUUGAAAGUGAAGUCUCAUUGCUAGAAGGAGUUCAUGAUGAGCUAGGAGAAGUCAAGCUUGAGCUGUUAACCAUGAAGGCCUUCUUGGAGGAUGCAGAAAGGAAGGGAGCUCUCGGUGAAGUAGAGAAAACAUGGGUGGCAAAUGUGAGAGAUGUCUCCAUUGACGUAGAAGACAUCAUGGAUGAGUUCACGUAUCAGACAAACAAGCGAAGAAGUUGGGGUCCGUUCACAAAAGCCUUCAGUAAGACACUACGUCUCCCACAAAACAUUUGGGAGAGGCAUCGGAUUGCCACAAAGUUGCAGAAGAUCAUGAAAACAAUCAAAGAUAUUCCAGAGAGAAGCCGGCGUUAUGGUUCUUUACGCAUAGAAGGCAGUACUUCCCACCAUGUUGGGAACCGGGUCGAAGUCUGUGGCGAGUCGUCUCUUUUCUUGAAAGAUGAUGAUCUUGUGGGGAUCACAGAUGCUAAGAAGAAAAUAGUUGGAUGGUUAUCGUCUGGCCAUUCUCAGAGAACUGUCAUUACGGUUGUAGGAAUGGGGGGUUCGGGAAAGACGACCUUAGUUGCAAGCAUCUUCAACAGUCAAACUGUACAACAUUUCAACUGCUACACCUGGAUUACAGUCUCACAAAGUUAUACUAUUGAAGAUCUGUUUCGAGUCAUGAUCAAUGAACUCUUUGCAGCGGCACAAAUAGAUGUUCCUCAAAACUUGAGCAACAUGAGUUAUAGACAUUUAGUGGAAUUGCUUGUCCGCUACUUGCAGCCAAGGAGGUAUAUGAUUGUCUUAGAUGAUGUGUGGGACACAAAUCUUUGGAGAUCCAUAGAUGUUGCACUUCCCAAAGGAACUCAUGGUAGCCGCAUCAUGCUUACAACUCGGAACAAAGACAUUGCUUCUCUGGCGUUUGGAGUCGAGAGUCAUGUUCAUCAGAUUGAACCUCUUAAUACAAGUGAUGCUUGGGAUCUUUUCUCCAGAAGAGCAUUCUCUAGUGUGAGAGACAAGUCUUGUCCACCAGAGCUUCAACUCAUAGCUAGGGAGCUCGUAGGAAAAUGUGAAGGCUUACCUCUAGGACUCGUGGCUUUGGGUUCGCUCAUGUCAACCAAAAGAUUUGUGUCCGAGUGGAAGAAAGUUUACAAUGGCAUGAGUUGGGAGCUCAGCAAUAAUCCGACACUUGAAGUAGUGAAGAGCAUUUUGUUGCUAAGCUUCAAUGAUCUAUCUCACCGACUCAAGCACUGCUUCUUAUAUUUCUGCAUUUUUCCAGAAGAUGACACCAUUAAGGGGAAAAGGCUAGUUCGGUUGUGGAUAGCAGAGGGAUUUAUUGAACAAGUUAGAGGGGCUCAGCCAGAAGAGAUAGCUGAGAGCUACCUAGCAGAGCUAACUUGCCGCUGUAUGCUUCAAGUGGUUGAGAGAGAACCAUCUGGAAGGGCAAAAAAAUUUAAAAUGCAUGACCUUUUGCGAGAACUUGCAAUUUCAAUUUCAGAAGAACUGAAGUUUUGUACUACGUAUAAUAAGAAUGAAACAAAAGAAGACAGACGAGCUCCACGCCGCCUUUCAAUACAAGGAUGCUCUGGAGAAGUACGAGCACACAAAGACAUGUCAAAGGUUCGCUCAUUCUUUAUCUUUGCUCCUAAGAUGAUGACCUCUUCUUCAUUGGAGAUAGUACUACCAUCUGGUUUUAAACUGUUGAGGGUCUUGGAUCUUAAAUAUGCACCGAUUCAUGAAUUGCCAGAUGAAAUAAUGAAGUGCUUCAACUUGACGAGUUUGAACUUGAAAGGGACAGAAGUCAGAAAGCUUCCAAAACAGAUAGGGAAUCUCCAGAACUUGGAAACGUUGGACAUUAGGGACUCCAAUAUAAGGGUACUUCCAGUUGGAAUUGUAGAGUUACAAAAGUUGCGACAUCUUUUCAUGUACCAUUUCAAUUAUGGUGCUUAUAAGUGUUUUGAUAGCUUUCAAGGCACCCAAGCACCAGCAAGCAUAUAUAAGCUGCAGAGUCUGCAAAUUUUGGAUUCAGUCGUGGUAGGAAACAAGUAG